AUGUACAUUCUGUCCCUCCUCUCAAUCUCCCUGGCAGCCGCUUCCUCGGCUAGCGCAGCUGCUCUUAAGCCACGCUUACUCAAGCCCGACGAAGUCAUUGUCUACGGAGCAAACGGUCGCCACGAGGUCAUCCCCCGUGCGGACUACCAUGCCGAGUUAGCAAGAACCAACACCUUCGUCGGCCGCCCUCGAUCUUACGAAACCGACCAUCAUCCUGUAGUGGCCGGGCCGGCCGAAGCUCGCGCGAAUCUCGACAAACGUGACUGCAAGGAAGAAGACAUACUCAUCAGAUAUCCCGACCAAGACUUCUUGGAUUGGGACAUCCCGAUGUCUUCAGCUGCACACGCUACUGGAGAAGGCGUUCUCCAAAUUUCCGUCACUGCUGGCUACACCGUCUCGGACAGCGUCAGUGUAAGCACCUCAACGGACAUCAGCUUCGUGGCAGAAUUCCUCUCUGCCAGUGUGGGUAUCAGCUACACCCAGGAGUGGACCUCGGAGUUUUCCACCGCCUACCAGGGCAGCAUACCGCAUGGCAAAUGGGGCAUGGUGGUGAGCAACCCGCGUGUCUACCGCCGCAGCGGUCUCCUCAUGAAGGGCUGCAUUGGUCACCAAACCGCCUCCAACUGGUCUGCCGAUCAGCACUUCAGCAACGACCAGCAAGGUCUCUCCUGGGUUCAGGGCUCUAUCAGUGUCUGCGUCGGUGAUGACUAUCCCAUCAAGAGAUGUCUCGGUGAGGGAUACUUGAACUAG